AUGAGUAAUGUCAACGGCAACAGUUUCUGUUCUUGGCAGAGGAAAGCAUUUGGUUUUCGGAGAAAAGGGGAGAGAAAGAUCAGUGUAGAAGCAAUGGAGAGUACGUUGAAGGAGAUGAGGAAUGGUGAUAGUGUUCUUGAUAUGAGUGACAAAAGUGGUGUUGCUGGAGGUGUUGAAGACAUCUAUGGAGAGGAUAGAGCCACUGAGGAUCAGCUUGUUACCCCUUGGAGUUUCACUGUUGCCAGUGGCAAUAGUUUGUUACGUGACCCGCGCUACAACAAGGGUCUUGCAUUCACUGAAGCAGAACGAGAUGCUCAUUACUUGCGUGGUCUUUUGCCUCCAGUUAUUAUGCCUCAGGAGCUUCAGGAAAAAAGAUUGAUGCACAAUCUUCGCAAUUAUAAGGUGCCUUUGCAAAGAUACAUGGCCAUGAUGGAUCUCCAGGAACGAAAUGAGAGACUAUUCUAUAAGCUUCUAAUCGACAAUGUUGAGGAACUCUUGCCUGUAGUAUAUACUCCAACAGUUGGUGAGGCUUGUCAGAAAUAUGGGAGCAUUUUCAGACGUCCACAGGGUCUUUACAUCAGCUUGAAAGAAAAGGGGAAAAUUCUUGAGGUGCUGAAAAAUUGGCCAGAGAGGAGUAUUCAAGUUAUUGUUGUGACGGAUGGUGAGCGAAUAUUAGGUCUUGGGGAUCUUGGAACCCAGGGAAUGGGAAUACCAGUCGGGAAGCUUUCUCUGUACACGGCCCUUGGUGGUGUUCGCCCUUCUGUUUGCCUGCCUAUAACUCUUGAUGUCGGCACAAACAAUCAGCAAUUGCUAGAUGAUGAAUUCUAUAUUGGACUGCGGCAAAGGAGGGCAACUGGACAGGAGUAUGACGAGUUUCUGGAUGAGUUCAUGGCUGCAGUCAAGCAAAACUAUGGGGAAAAAGUUCUUGUACAGUUUGAAGAUUUCGCAAAUCAUAACGCAUUUAAGCUGCUCACGAAGUAUGGAACAACACAUCUUGUCUUCAAUGAUGAUAUACAGGGUACUGCAUCUGUAGUUCUAGCUGGCCUUGUGGCUGCUCUAAGACUAGUGGGAGGAAAUUUAGCUGAUCAUACUUUCUUAUUCUUGGGUGCUGGAGAGGCUGGAACUGGCAUCGCAGAGCUCAUAGCCCUUGAAAUAUCAAAGAAGACGGAAGUUCCUUUGGAAGAGGUUCGUAAGAAGAUCUGGCUUGUUGACUCAAAGGGACUGAUUGUUAGCUCUCGUAAGGAAUCCCUUCAGCACUUCAAAAAGCCAUGGGCUCAUGAUCACGAACCAAUUAAGGACCUUGUAGAUGCUGUUAAGGCAAUCAAACCGACAGUCCUGAUUGGAACUUCAGGUGUAGGUAAAACAUUUACCAAGGAUGUUGUGGAGGCCAUGGCAUCGUUAAAUGAGGUUAUCUCUCUCUCUCUCUCUCUCCCUCUCAUAAAGGAAAAAACCUACCCAGUUUUUUUAUUCUGUUGCAGUCAUGAAGCUUAAGACAAUACAUUAUUUUCAGAAACCUCUCAUUCUUGCUUUAUCGAACCCAACAUCACAAUCAGAGUGUACUGCUGAGGAGGCAUAUACAUGGACUGAGGUAAAUAGACUUCUCACUCUUAUCUGAUGGGGCUUAAUUUCUGCUCAAUCCUUGACUUGGAUUGUCAUGUAUGGAAUUUUGAAAUGUUCAUUGCUGUUUUGUCUGCAGGGUCGAGCAAUCUUUGCUAGUGGAAGUCCAUUUGAUCCUGUCGAAUACAAUGGAAAAGUUUAUGUACCAGGACAGGUGCGGCUCACACACCAUAGGAAAUGAUCAUUUUUCUUCUCAAAAACAUGCUGAACCCUUCUCUGUCUUCCUACCUGCAGGCAAACAAUGCAUACAUAUUCCCUGGAUUUGGAUUGGGCAUCAUUAUGUCCGGGACGAUUCGUGUGCACGAUGACCUGUUGUUGGCAGCUUGUAAGUACUUGGAAAGAAUAACCAUAAUCAGCAAACCUUAUUUGACUGUCAAAUGUACAUGAUUUAAAACUGGUGUCUAACUUUUCCUCUUUUUGCUGCAACAGCGGAAGCUUUGGCAGCUCAAGUUACGGAGGAGAACUAUGCCAAGGGACUUAUUUAUCCACCAUUCAGUGACAUCAGAAAAAUAUCAGCCAACAUUGCAGCUAAAGUAGCAGCCAAGGCGUAUGAUCUUGGUUAGCGUCCCCUCUGGACAUUUAGUUUCACCAUAGUUUCGGAAUUUUUCAUUCUUCUUCCAGUAAACUAACUCUAUCAUCGUGUUUUGUUAUUUUUUAUCAGGUCUAGCAACCCGUCUGCCUCGCCCGAAGGAUCUGGUGAAAUAUGCUGAGAGCUGCAUGUACACACCAGUCUACCGCAAUUACCGUUAACCUUGCUGUUGUUUGGCUUAAAGUUCCUGAUAUAGCUUAUAAUUGAUUUCUUGAGGUUCAUAAUUUGAUAGAUAUUCUUUCAGACUUCAUUCUAUUUAUGUACGGUUUUCAUUAAGAAAUACUAUAACAUUUCCUUUUUUUUUUUUUUCAAUUCAUGUGCACUAGAGUUUAAUUGCGUUAGUGUCAAUCUCUCUCUUUUCACCAUAUAUGUUGAAAAGAUUAUAUUUAAAUUGUUUUCUAGUGAAAAUGUAAAAAGUGUAUCUAUCUAUAAUAUAUAAAGGGAGAGUUCAACUGGCGAAGAUGCUAUGAAACAUUGAUUAAUAAUAAAAAAAAAAUUGAAAAAGCCGAACAAAAAAAAACCAAACACUGGCCCCUCAAU